AUGGAAGCAUUAGCAACUGAAAAAGAUAUUAAUAUUAAGAACGACGAUGGAAAUGAAAACGCGAGUGAGUUAUUAAUUGGUAGUUCAGCCGGUAUAAAUGAACCAGAGGUGGAAAUAAAUUAUGAAAAGAAGGAGGAUAUGGAUAUAUCAAUGAAUUUUAAUGAUCAAGAUAAAUUAGAUGUACCGUCGUUAGUUGAAAUAUGUAAACAACAAUUGAUAGUAAUCUUAAAAGAUAUGUGUGCGGAUUCAAAUAAUACAGAAGAAAAAGCAUCUUUUAUGUAUCACUUAAAUAGGUUAAGAAGUGCAGUAACAGUAGUAGAUUUACAUAAUUAUAUAGCUGUGUUUGGUCCAUGCCUAAGUUAUAAUAAAUUACCAUCAACAUGGAAUAUAUCUGUAUGUGAUUAUUUGAAGCAGCAGUUGAAUAUACUAAGGGCUGCGGACUCACAGCAAAAUUCAAAUAAUUACAUGAGUUAUUAUGAAUUACAUAACGAUUAUGAAGAUAUGAUGAAUGAGAAAAAAAUAAAAACAAAUACAAAUAUGAACACAAAUGAUAAUACUAAUAAUUCUGUACAAGGAAAUAUACUCAACUCGAAUGCCAUAAGUGCGCAGUCGGCAAUAAAAGGGGGGGUAAGUAGCAUGUAUAUGAAUGCAACAAACAGCAAUAGUGAUAGCGGUGAUAACAGUAAUAACAGUAAUAACAAUAAUAGUAAUAACAAUAAUAGUAAUAAUACUACUACUACUAAUAAUAGUAAUAAUAAUAAUAAUAAUAGUAAUAAUAAUAAUAGUAAUAAUAAUAAUAGUAAUAACAAUAAUAGUAAUAACAAUAAUAGUAAUACGAAUAAUAGUAAUAAUAAUAAUAGCAGUAAUAACAAUAAUAGCAGUAACAGUAAUAACAGCAAUAACAAUAAUAGCAGUAACAGUAACAGUAACAGUAACAAUAAUAGUAACAAUAACAAUAAUGGCAGUGAGAAUACAAAAAAUAAUAAUAGCGGUAAUAAUAGCAGUACUACCAAUAAUGAUAACAUAAACGUUUGUAGCGGUAGCUAUAAUAACACUAGCAGUAACAUGGAUGGAAGCAACUUGGAUGGAAACAACCUGGAUGGAUGCAAUAUGGAUGGUAAUAAUAUGAAUAGCAGUCAAAUUAAUAACAAUCAUAUGAACAGCUACGGCUACUGCGAUCAGGAGGAUAAUAUGGUUGAAGAUUAUUAUGACUGUUUAAUGAGAACAAAACUAACGGACGAUUCCCCCAAUUGUUUGAAAUACAUGAUAAAUUCAAAAAAUGAUUCCUUAAGUAACACAGAAGUAGAAAAUGUUAUAUCGUAUCUAAAGAAAUACGAAGUGAAAUCAAAUAAGAACUUAAGCAAACUAGAUGAAGAUAUGACGUAUAAUAAAGAUUCUGACUAUGAUUACCAAGAUGAUUAUUUGAAAGAUAAAGUAUUAUACGAUUCAGAUAUGGAUGACCAUUCUAUGUUGGACUGUAGCAUGAUGACAAAUAAUAGACAAUGUAAUGAUAUUAGUGGUAACAUUAAUAUCAACAGUAAUAGUAAUAAUUGCAAUAGCAUGCAGAACAGUAUGAAUAAUAAUGCUAAUAAUAAUGGUACUGGUAGUAGUAGUAGUACCAAUAUGAAUAGUAAAAAUUUCAGCUUAAAAUUUGAAAGAAUAAAAAAGAAUGAUGUUAUUAAUAGUUGGACUAGAGCAAAUACAGAAGGACAUCCUGAGUAUCUACCCAGAAUACCAGGUGUUCGAUUUAAUCCAAAAAAACAACAAUGGCUAGCAGCUUGGAAUGAUAACACAAGAGAAAUUAGAAGAUAUUUUUCCGUUAAACAGUAUGGAUUCGAACAAGCAAGAAUUUUAGCUGUAAAGGCUAGACAAGAAGCAGAAAAAGCAGGAGCCAGAUGUAAGCCCAUGUUUCAUGUGCAUGGUAGAAAAACCGUAGAUGGCUUACCAAACGAUGCGAUAAAAAACGAUGUCGACGAGAACUACAGUGGAAUUGGCACCAGCAUGAAUAGCGUAAACAAUGUGAAUAGUGUAAGUGGUAUGAAUAACAUGAAUAGUUUGAUCAACAUGAAUAACAUGAACAAUAUGAGCAGCAUAAACAUGAGUGGCAUAAGCAAUAUGAAUAACAUGAGUAAUAUGAAUAACAUGAACAACAUAAGUGGAAGUAUAUUGCUUAUGAAUAACAAUAUUGGAGGAGUGGGGGGAGAGUGCGAUGUAGUAACGAAAAAAGAAGUUUUAAAAAAUGAUAGUAAUAAAGGGGUAAAAAGAGGAAGAGGUAGACCCCCUAAGAGGAAAUUAAGUGAAGAUUCACAGUUGUCAUUAGAUGACAUGGAACAAAGUUUAUGUCGAAAUAGUGAGAAUAUAGAGUUGUUAGAAUGCAUGGAUUCUUUUGAUAAAGAUUGUACAAGACCAAUGAAGGGAGUAUCAUAUAAUGAUAGAAAAGGAUCAUGGUUAGCUUAUUGGUCUAUUGGUAAAAAUUUUCAAAUGAGACGAUUUCCAAUUAAAAAAUUAGGAUUUGAAAAAGCAAAAGAAUUAGCUAUACAGUGUCGAUUAGAAGCUGAACAAGCAGGUGCUACAACAACAGAAAAUAGAACAAAAAGGAUAAGGAAUUUAUUAACACUCAGUUCUGAUAAUACAUUAGAUGGACUAAUGGAAAAUAAUUCAAUGGAACAUGAUGAUAAUAAUAAUAUGCAUGACAGUAAUACAAAGGGUAUUAAUGGUAACAUGCUCAUUUCACAAAUGCAUAGUUAUAAUAAUUAUGGUGUGAACAAUAACAAUAACAACGGAAACAAUAAUAAUAGUAGUAACAAUGGUUUAAGUAACAGCUGUAAUGGCAAUGGCAUUGGUAAUGGGAAGACUCCGCAUAGCGAUGGACAAGAAAGUGAGAAUGACUUUUCCCCGACAAAAAGAACAAGAGCACCGAGAGGGAGGAGAAUGGAGAGUUUAACUGCACGUGCUAGUGCACUAACUCCAGUAGAAGGGGUCCGAUUUGACCCAUAUUCAUAUUCAUGGUUUGCUAAAUAUUUAGAAAAUGAAAGUUCUAAAGAACCUAAAAUAUCAAAAUAUUUAUUAAAAAAAUGGGGAUUCAAUAAAGCUCAUAGCUUAGCAGUACAUACUGUUAAGUGUGCAUAUAAAGCAGUUCCAUUUACGGAUGAAGAGCUUAUUAAUAUAUUUAAUGUAGAUGCAAAAAAUCUAAUGAACAAUCAGAAUAGUUUAAUAAAUCUAGGAUUAAAAAAUUCUUUUGUUAAUACUAGCAGUAGUAUCAUUAAUGGAAAUAACGGCAUUGACAACAAUGCAUUUAGUACAAAUAAUUAUAAUAAUAUUCAUCUUAAUAAUAAUAAUAAUAAUACAAAUAAUUUUAUGAACACCUUGAGUAUGAUGAAUAAUAAUAAUGUCGUUAUGAGUGUAACUGCAGGUAAUAAUAUGGAUGAUGUUAUUAAUAGUAACAUGAACAGUAGUUAUAAUAUAAAUCCAUUGAAUAAUUACAAAGAUAGUGUCAAUGGAAUUAAUAAUAUUAUUAACAGUAUGAACAAUCAUAGUGGUUCAGAUAUUAAUAAGAACAUUGAUGUGAAUAACCUGAAUGAUGAAGAUACUACAAUUGGUAAUGCAAGUAAUAACAAUGGGAGUGGAAGUUUGAUGAACAUAGGUACUAGUAACAUAAAUUCUCCAAAUCAAAUUGAUAUGCUCAGUGGUUAUAAUUUCAGUAACAGUAACAACGACCUCAUUAGUAUGAACGGUAAUAUAAGCACCUACAAUGGCAUGAGUGUUAUACCUAAGGGUGUCAAUAUUAUUAAUGGUUCAUUUAGUGGCGGAAUUAGUAGUGGUGCAGUAAGUGGCUGUGGCUGUGGCAGUGUUAGCGGAAACGGUAGCAGUAAAAGUGGCGGCAAUAGUGGAGGUAAUGGUAGUUUAAGUUGUAACAACGUGAAUAGUAUUAGUGUAAACAAUAUAAGCGGAAGCGUUAAAGGGAGUAUAUCUAGCAUCAAGAAUGUGAGUAGCAACAUAAGUGGUAUGAGUGGCUUUCAGAACGAAAACAAUAGUAACAACAGUAAUAACAACAACAGUAAUAACAACAACAGUAAUAACAACAACAGUAAUAACAACAACAGUAAUAACAACAACAGUAAUAACAACAAUAGUAAUAACAACAAUAGUAAUAACAACAAUAGUAAUAACAACAGUAGUAAUGACUACAACUUUAACGUUAAUGAAAACAUAAACGGAGGGACGACGGAUGAGGGCAGCGCGAACAUUCUGAAGAAAAAUAGUUUAGCGGAGAAUAACAUAGGUAGCAAUAGUAGCAGUACAAAUAUAAUAAGUAAUAGCAGUGACAAUUUUAUAAAUAUGAAUGAUCCUAUUUUACCACAUAAGAAUAGUGGAAAUAUGAGCACACAUGUAAGUAGUAAUAACAAUGCAUCAUCAAUUAGUCCUGUAGAUAAUAAUAAUAAUAAUCAUAUAGCCCCUCGCAUGAACGACAUGUCAAUUAUUAAUCAAACAAAUGAAAUUAACUUUAACUCGUUAGAAUCGAACUAUUGUAUUUCUCAAAAUAAUACUAAUGCAAGUGUUAAUAAUGCAAAAAAUGGAGUCAGUGCUAAUAUCAUUAACAACAUGAAUGAUGUGAACGAUAUGAGCGAUCUGAACUAUAUGAACGAUUUGAAUGAUAUGAACGAUCUGAAUGAUAUGAACGAUCUGAAUGAUAUGAACGAUCUGAAUGAUAUGAAUGAUAUGAACGAUAUGAACGAUAUGAACGAUAUGAACGAUAUGAAUGAUAUGAACGAUCUGAAUGAUAUGAACGAUCUGAAUGAUAUGAACGAUCUGAAUGAUAUGAACGAUCUGAAUGAUAUGAAUGAUAUGAACGAUAUGAACGAUAUGAACGAUAUGAACGAUCUGAACGAUCUGAACGAUCUGAAUGAUAUGAACGAUAUUAACAAUAUUAAUAAUAUUAAUAAUAUUAAUAAUAUUGACAAUAGCACCUCGGACAAUCACGACAUAGUAGACAAUUCAGGAGAACAUUUACUGGAUAAAAGAAACUUUUUAAGUAUUAUUAACGAGCAAGGUAAUCUGGAUAAUAAUAAUUCUAACGUUGAAAAUAGUAGAAACCUUACUUAUUCGAAUAAUUCUUAUGGGAAAAAUGUAAACAACAAUUUCAGUUCAUACACUAAUGAACAUUCAACUACAAGUAAUUUAAUCAGCACUAAUCAGAACGAACUAAACGAUUCCUCCUUGUACUACAUGAACGUCAAACCCGAAAUUAAGACUGAGCAUUGA